GGCGGGUCGAGCAGCGGAAACCGAUAUAAAUUGAGGGGGGAGGCCGCUGUUCCCGCAGACGGACGGCGUUACGCAAGCGCGGCGAUGGAGAGUGAGGUUUUGAGAAUUCCAGAAGUUGUCCCAACAACUCGAUUGCAAACUGAUCAGUGGCCGUUUGAUGGUGUUGUCUUAGUAACAAAUACCAUUGAUAAACUUUCUGGAGAUUUGCUUCAUUUGAAGACUGCACUUAACCAGUAUAAAUCUAUCGAUGCUUCAGUGGAACAGGAUGUGGUAUUGGUCCAUGCUGUUGAUCUUCCAGGGUCUAGAUUGAUCUUUGCACCAACUGGACCACUCAACAGGGAUUACGAUGAUGUGCGGAGAUUUAGCGAUGCAGCUAACAGUGGCAUCAAGCGUGCUCUGAAGGCUGGUAUGGUAAAGCCAGUUUUGGUAUGUCCCCCAGAAGGAUUGUUCAAAGAUGCUCCCUUGGUCACUGUGCUUGGAGCUCUGCAUGCUUUGUAUGUUCCAUUGGAAAUUUGUGAAGCCCAAAAAGAGAAGUCUAAUAAAGUAGAUUAUCUAGGUGUGUGGGCACCCAGUGAGGAGGAAGCGAAGAAACUUGUGAAACUGGCAUCAGCACUGGAGAUGGGCAGGACUGUGUGCAGAGAUAUUGGUGGCUCUGACCCAGAGCGAAUGGCUGCUCCAAAAGUGGCUAGCUACGUUCAGAAAAUUUUUCAGAAAUCUGUUGUCACUGUUUCAGUGACUAGUGAUUUAAGUACUCUCCAGGAGCAAUACCCAUGCUUGGCAGCAGUCAAUCGCUGUGCCAAAGAUGUGCAGCGUCAUCAGGCACGGGUUAUUAUGCUGGAAUAUCAUGGAGCAGGUGCCAAAGACAAAACACUUCUGAUUGUUGGCAAGGGAGUAACCUAUGAUACCGGUGGUGCAGACAUCAAAGCUGGUGGCAUUAUGGCAGGAAUGCACAGAGAUAAAUGUGGAGCUGCUGCUGUGGCUGGACUCUUCCAGGUACUUUCAAUCCUGAAACCCAGCGGAAUCAGUGUAAUCGGUGCAAUGGCAAUGGUCAGGAACAGUGUUGGAUCGGAUUGCUAUGUGGCUGAUGAGAUCAUCACAUCUCGGGCAAAGAGAAGAAUUCGGGUUGGAAAUACAGAUGCUGAAGGGCGGAUGGCAAUGUUGGAUCUGCUGUGCCACAUGAAGGAAAAGGCUCUUGACAACUAUGAUCGUAACCACUGUGAAUUGUUCACGAUCGCCACGUUGACUGGCCAUGCUAUUCGAGCUGUUGGUCCCAACUAUUCUAUAAUCUUGGAUAAUGGCCCUGCACGUUGGGCCAGAACUGCUCAGGAGAUUCAAGAGGCUGGUGAUGAAGUGGGGGAUCCUUUUGAAAUCUCCACCAUCCGACGUGAUGAUUAUGAUUUCCAUAAAGGAAAGUCAGAAUAUGAAGAUAUUUUGCAGUGUAACAACCUGCCAUCCAGUGCCACAGCCCGUGGACAUCAGUCUCCUGCAGCUUUCCUGAUCAUGGCUUCUGGUCUAGAUAAGCAUGGAAUCGAUUCUGAAAAGCCCCUUCGCUACUCCCACAUUGACAUCGCUGGAUCUUCUGGUCCAUUUCCUGGGGUACCAACUGGAUCACCAGUGGUUGCCCUGGCAGCGAAAUACAUCCUACCUCGUGUUUUCCCUGAUCGGUAUUCGGGGAGCUCCGCAGGAAGUAUAAUCACAGGAGCUCCAGGGAAAUAGUCAACCCACAUUAUUGAUUCAAAAAGAAACGAUGUUAAUUACAUUUCUGUGGGUUGGUAGUUAUUCAACUUUUUAGAAUAGUCUACAGCUAUAAGUAAUCCAAACUUUUCUCAGGUCGGGUAAUCAAUGAAUGUACUUUGUAUCUGUAUGGAAUUUUUAAUGGCUUUGUCAUGUGCAAUCAACUAUUCCAAAUUUUUUUGCUGAGGAUAAUCCAUCAGUUGCAGAGCUAAUCAGUCACAGCAGCAAAUUGUAAGAGGUUUUUGGGUGUUUGGCAGGAACUUUUUUGAAGGCUAUUUUUAAGUAUAAAUUCAAUAACUAUGCACGUUUAACAUCCAAGUUGACCUUUACACAUUUCCAAUUGUAUUCAUUUGCCUUUGUAACUAUAAUUUUGACAAAUUUUGAGCCAAUUGAGAUUACAUUUUUAAAGCUGA